CAGUCGCGCGCCGCAACAUUGAUUCGUGGUUCGCGGCAUCGCGCGUAAUCGUUCGUCUCAGUCACCAGUGCGCAACGCCAGAGGAAACAAGUGUUUCGUGCUACUUCGCUUACUUUUACUUUUGCGUUAAUUUUUUUGACAAUCCUAAGCUACUACAAAGAAAACCUGUUUUGUAUUCGCCCAUGUAUUACUUUUCUGUGGAUGUGAAGGAACAACGAUUCAGAAUAAAGUGUGUUACAUCGCUAGGCGCUCUACCUAGUUCGGUUCCUGUGUUGAGUAAUAUUCUGUGUCAGUUGCAGUGGUUGUGCUUGUGAUAGAUCAGACAUUUUCUUCACUAACGUGUUUAAAUUUGGGAUUUCACCACGAGCGGGCUCAAGGAAAUUUAUUGUCAAGUGGACAGCGGCGGCGGUGGCUCGGCCGAAGUAAUGGUGUACUCUCUCGGCUGGGGCAUGGGCGAGCCGGAGCGGCGCGGCGCUGACCGCAAGCGCUCCCAGCCGCCCGCUGCCACGCUCUCGCCGCUGUCUCCUGACGAGGGACAUGAGGUCGACGUGCUGCCCCUCCACAAUCAGGUGGGCGGGCACACGCGGUUGCUGGUCCUCAAUGACAGCACCGUCAUCAAGCCCCUCAACAUUCGCGAGCUGCAUUUCUACCAGAACAUUCCUGAAGACAUUCAGAACUUCGUUCCCAGAUACAAAGGCGUGAUGCAGGCCUCUAACACGGGCAGCACCAAAUUGGACAAGCGGUACUCGCCAUGUUUCCGGGAAGAGAACGGGCGCAAGGCGUCGCUGACCGGCAAGCGCAAGCGCGACGACGUGUUCAAAUUCAAAGUACAUCGAAAUGGAAAUGCGAGCGAAGUUCUUAAGAGUAUAGCGCAUAUGGACAAUUCUAAUAAGCAAUAUUUCCUGAUGAUGGAGAACAUAACAUCUUCGUACCGGCGGCCGUGCGUGCUGGACCUCAAGAUGGGCACGCGGCAGCACGGCGACGAUGCCACGGCCGAGAAGCGAACCAAACAGAUCGCCAAGUGCCAGGCCUCCACCUCUGCUACCCUCGGGGUGCGCCUCUGCGGCAUGCAGGUAUACAUCCCCGAGACGGGCACGUGCUUCCGCCGCGACAAGUACUGGGGCCGCUCGCUGUCGGAGGCGGGGUUGCGCGACGCGCUGCGGGAGUUCUUCGCGGGCGGGCGCGGGCUGCGGGCGCGGGUCGUGCGCCGCGUGCUGCGGGACCUGGACGCGCUACGCCGCGCCAUCGCCAAGCAGACCAACUACCGCUUCUACUCCUGUUCGCUACUGAUAGUGUACGAGGGCGAGGUGUGCGGCGAGGCGGGCGAGGAGGCGGGCGGCGUGGCGUCGGAGUACGACGGCGACGCGUCCAGCAGCUCGGCCGACCUGCCGCCCUCGCCCGGGCACUUCGACAUGUCCACGCUGCACGACGAGAUCUCGUGCGACGCGCCCGCGCACCAGCCGCCGCCGCGCGAGCCCUUCCGCCCGCACUCGGAGGAGACCAUGGGCGGCUACGAGGACGGCGAGGUGGCCUCGCAGUCGCCGCGCCGCCAGCCGCCCAGCCCCGACUCCACCGACAGCUGGAUGGCGUACUCCAGCACCAGCAGCGAGUCGUGGCGCGGCGAGGCGGACGCCGACGCGCCGGCGGCGGCGGCGGCGCGCGGCAAGCGGCCCCGCACGCGCGGCCCGCCCGCGCCGCCGCCCCCCGCGCCCGCCGCGCCGCCGCCGCGCGCCGCCGAGCGCGUCGACAUCCGCAUGAUCGACUUCGCGCACACGGCCUACGCCGGCGCCGCCGCCGAGUCCCCGCUGGCCACGGCCACGCCGCACCACGGCCCCGACUGCGGCUUCCUCACCGGCAUCGACAGCCUCAAGCGCCUGCUCACCGAGAUCCUGCCGCCGCAGCCCUACAGUUAAUGAGCCGAGCGGCACGCGCCCGGCGGGGCGACCAAAAUAAAAAUAUUACCCUUAAAAAAAUUAACCUUUCGGACGAAAUUCGAGAGCUGUGAUCUCGCGCUCGGCGGCUCGGAGUGUACGCGGCGCGGGCGGUGCCGCGGGCCCGGGCCGGGCUGGGGCGUCGUUACACCGCGGGUGGACUUGUUAAAAUGUUUUGAAAUGAAAAUAAGAACUAUUUUUCCUCAAAAAUUUUAAACUGUUCGACUGAUGUUUAAUGAGAAAUAGAAAAAAAUUAUAAGCCGGUCGGUGUGCAAUUGCGUGGAGAGAACGAAGCAGGGUAUUUUUAUUUUGUAAUACUUGUGCCCACCUGUAUGGUGCUUUACCAGUGACGAUUGUAACGUUUAGCACCCGGAUAUCUUCCUUUAUCUACUUAUGUGACUGCAUAUCGACCGACGCACUUAGUGAAUGUUGGCGGUACAAACUACGUUAAUUUAAUAUUAAAAUUAUUAUAAUUUUAAAGUGGGACCCAGUAGGUAUUCUAUGUGUAUUUUUAAGUAUUACUACUAAGUUAUUCCAGAUUGACGUGCUUUUGAUUGAUUUCUUUGCUUUAAACUAUUGGUUGAUUUCAAGUGAUUCUACCUUCGAAUUGUGUAGACAUUCCCUGUCACUAGUUAGUAGGACAUUCUGUGAUGUUGCGCUGAUGUACGUGACUUGUCUACGGGGCGCCGGCGCCGCCGCCGCGCCCCACGUCUGCAUUUAGAUCUCUUGUGGCGCACCGCGGUACCUCCCCUUGCUUGAAUCGUUCUGAACCACCACAAAUGUACUAAUUCCAGUAAUUAAACCAAAGUAAUGUUAGACUGUAGAUCCCAGAGCAAACCCUGUUCCAUUGUAACACUUGAUCGACCUAAUUAACAUAUUCACUACUUGUAAUGAUAACUUAUUGAUGUGAACCGAAAACAUUAUGUAAAUAUUAUUCGAGGGCCGAACCAACUUGACGUCUCGAGCCGUCGCGCUGCUUUGUAGAAAUCCUCCUUUUAUUUACCUCACAGCUAGGUGGUUGCGAGCCAUCGCAAGUUUGUUUGGCGCCUCGACACAGAUGUUAUGUUUCGUUCUCAAAUCGCAAUUAGCGGAAGAAAUCGUUUAGUAUUUUUUGUGGAAUGUGUUCAGUAGCAAUAUGUUUGACAAAAAUAAUUAUAAUUUUGUUAACAGUAUUAUGAAUGUUGUGUACAUAGUUGCAAGAAAGUAUAAUAAAAAGUGAACAAUGAUUUUUGAUUUAAGAGUUACUGAUCUGUCAAGUUUUGUGAUAGUUAUCUGACAUAUUUCUAACUACAGCAAACACUUGUGGACCAGUAACAUAGUACUUGUGAAUACAAAUAUUAUAUUAUUUGAAGUUGGUGAGAUGGUGCCAGUUUGUAGCUAUUUACACUGUCGGAGCGAGAGUCGGUAGAUGCGUAGGUUCGAUAGAUAGAAGCGGGGUCAGUGUAAACGGCUAGUGUCGCACACGGAACGGAGAAUGUGUGAUAACACUAGCGUUAGCCAACAUUCCUUCGUGCUGCAUUCGUCAUUGUCCUUUUAUUUUUUAUUAGUGGGAUAAAUUUAUGAAAAGUACCUGGUUUAAUUAGGAUGCUAGGUUGUAUUGCAAAUUAUCAUUUAUGUCUGUUAUUUUGAAUAACUGUAUGACACUAUUUUGUUAAAUAAAUUUUAGGUAUUGAA